AUGUCUGCUCCUGCCCCUCCUGCCUACAAGCGCCUCGACCGCGACAACUGCGUGUUCGCCUUCAUCGACCACCAGGCCGGUCUCAUCCAGCUCGUCCGCGACUUUGAGCCCACAGAGUUCCGCACCAAUGUCCUCGGUCUAGCCCAAACCGCCAAGUACUUCGGCGCCCCCUCCAUCCUCACCACCUCCUUCGACUCGGGCCCCAACGGUCCCAUUGUCAAGGAGAUCAUCGACGCCCUCCCCGAUGCACCUUUGAUCCGCCGCCCUGGUCAGAUCAACGCUAUGGACAACGAGGACUUUGCCAAUGCUAUCAAGGCUACCGGCAAGAAGCAGGUCAUCAUCAGCGGUGUUUUGACUGAAAUCUGCGUCGCCUUCCCUGCCCUCAGCCUCAUCGAGCAGGGCUACGACGUCUUCGUCGUCACCGACGCCUCUGGAACCUUCAAGGAGCACACCCGCGACGCCGCCCACCGCCGCAUGGUCCAGGCCGGUGCCCAGCUGAUGAACUGGGCUGCCGUCGCCGCUGAGCUGCACGUCGACUGGCGCCGCGACAUCGAGGGCUUCGGCAAGAUCUGGUUCGACCAUGUUCCUGGGUACUGGUGCCUCAUGCAGAGUCACUUGAACUCGCAGGGCAACAAGCCUGAAUAG